CACGCCCACUCUGGGUGGACCUACUUUUGGGUAGCCGCGAAAGGGGAUGGGAAGGCGCCUCCCCAAAACUGCUGGCGCAGGAAAGCAGCAGAAGAGCCGCCAGAGGCACCGCUGAGCUUUGAGAAUGUGAAUGUGAAAAGCAGUGGGAAUCUCGUUCUGAGAAUUUUGCACCUGGUGUAUCAUGCAGGAGACUUACAGUACUGUCGGCUCUCAAGGCUUCAAGCCAACACAUCUGUUUGUACCCAGGCUUAUCUAUAUGACCAUCACAUAUGGGAGAAGGAGGAAGCUGCACCCCAUCAGCAAAUCACAACUAUAUAGGUCUUCCAGUUCCUUUACUGACGUUUCAGCUGGUACAGAGGGAAGAUCCAUUUGUGCCUGGCCCUCAGAGCUUGGAGGAAAAGAAGACGUCAUCAGAUGCCCACUUAGGGAUCCCUGAUGUGAUAAUCAAAGUAGAGGAAGAGGAAAAUCCUUCAGGGGAGUGCAGGAGACUCCCAGAUUCCCACAAAGGAGUCCAUGGGCCAGCAAGUGCCAACGACAAGCGUCUUUGGCCGGGAACUGAGGAGAGGAGAAUCUCAGAGCCAAUGAAUGAGGCAAGGAAGCUGUUUAACAGAUCGCUGGUGAAGAAAUCAGCCAGCAAACCGUCUGGUGUCCGCGGGGUUUCAUGGAGGCGCGACGAGACCUUGGACCUGCUGGCCCUCUGGGGGGAGCAAAACGUGCAGGAGGCUCUCCGCAGCUGCCACCGCAACAUCGACUCCUUUGAGAUGAUCUCGAAGGAGAUGGCCAAGCGAGGCCACAGCCGCACAGCCGUGGAGUGCCGGACCAAGGCAAAAGCCUUGCGCCUGGAGUACAAGCGGGUGGUCACGCUCAACAGCCAGACAGGCAGCAACCGGGCGACCUGCCCGUAUUUCGAAGAGCUCCACCGGAUCCUGCGAGGAGAUGCCAGCGUGAAGCCAAAGCGGGUGCCGCGCAGUCUAAGCGCCCUCCGUAAGCCCGCUGAGCCACAGCGGCCCCGCCCCGUGCUGCAGGAAGGCUUGGAGCAGCUCCUCACCCAUCAUCUGCCGAUGGUCAAGGUGGAGAAUAACACGGAGGACAUGCAUUGCUCCAACCCUGCACCUUCAGGAACUGCCAUGAUGGAUCCCGCAGGCAGCCGACCCACCACCCACCCAAAGGAGGAGGCUGAUGAAAUGCCGAUAGAGGAGGCAGCCACGCCAGCGCAUACAUCUGGGGAUGAGGAGCAAUGCGCCAGGACCCCUGAAAGCCCAACAGGGAGUGCUAGGGGAGGAGUGGACGCAGAGGCCCAUCCAGCAGAGCUGUCCCCUGCCACGCGCCUGGCCAACGCUCGUGCCAAGAAGCGACGGGUACCAGGUCUCUACAGCGUGGCGGAGCGCAUGAUGGAGCAGUCCAGCAGGGAGCACGCCCUGGAAAUGGAGGAGCGCCGCCGGGAGCAUUCCGUGGAGAAGAAGCGGUAUGCGGAGGACAUGGCAGAGCGCCGCAGGCAGCACGAGGAGAUGAUGGCUGAGAUGCGGGCGGACCGGGAAGAGGCGAGAGAGGACCGGCGGCUCGUGGAGGAAGCCCUGCAGCGCAACUUCCGCAUCAUGGAAGCUGCAAUGAAGAGUUUGGACAGACUGGGGGAGCUGAUCGUGCAGCAGCAACAGAGCUUUGUCCUGCCUUCCUACCCCAUGCCCUUAAACUCCCACGCACCUCCCGCACAGCAGGUGGAGCUGGACCCCCCCGCUGCCCUCCCAUCACAGGGCGAAAGUCAAUCCUCCCACGCACACCUCUCGCGACCCCCCCGGGUGGUGCGCCCCAGAGCUAAGUACUCCCCUGAUUUGUAAUGUGCCCCCUCCCACUGCUGGACCACUUUUAUCUGUAAAGUCACCCAGUAUUAAAAAAAAUCUCACCCCCCCCCCCCAAAUCUUAAAAUCUCACUUUUGCUGGUUGUCCCCCCCCCCCUCAAUUUCCUACUCUUAUGGCUUCUAUAAAUAAAAGCUCAGGUUUCUUUCUUUAUAA